AUGCCCUCCAGAUCAGAUAUCACGUAUUUUGGUGCAGGCCCAGCUCUGCUACCUACUGGCGUCCUCGAGGAAGGUGCCAAAGCUCUCCUGAACUAUCAUGAUACCGGCCUGGGCAUCGCCGAGCACUCUCAUCGCUCCCAGCUAGCUAGCGAUAUAAUUAAUCAGGCUAAAGCCGAUCUAGCCUCCUGUCUUGAUAUCCCAGAUAGCUACGAGAUACUCCUUAUGCAAGGCGGCGGCACAGGACAGUUUGCUGCUACAGUGUAUAACUUUGUUGGCACUUGGGUUGCUCGUAAGUUGCAAGACAUCCUUAGGGAUACUGGGUGCGAUUCUACGGACCCUAAGGCGAUCGAGCAACUCAAGGAGGCCGUCAACAAGGAUCUCAAGCUUGAUUACUUAGUCACCGGUAGCUGGUCACAUAAAGCGUCAGUUGAGGGCGAGCAGCUUCUUGGCUCGGAGCAUAUCAAUAUUGCGACAGACAGCCGCAGGACGAACGGCGGCAAAUUUGGCACCAUUCCAGACGAGAGCACCUGGAAGCUGUCCAAGGAUCCUGCCUUGGUGUAUUUUUGUGCAAAUGAGACGGUUGAUGGGGUUGAAUUUCCUGACUUUCCCCAGUCUCUUCAGCCAGGGCCUGAUGGGAAGGGACCAAUCGUUGUCGCGGACAUGAGUUCGAACAUCCUCACAAAAAAGAUUCCAGUUAACAACUUCGCCGCUAUCUUCUUUGGUGCCCAAAAGAACCUAGGCCUAACUGGUAUUACUGUUGUGGUUAUUAAGAAAAGCUUUUUACCGCCUGCUAUAUCUCAACCUCCUCCGAGUCUUAUGAGGCAACUAGGUCUUCCUAUUCCACCUACCAUUUUCAAAUACGAGAUUAUUGCAAAGAACAACAGUCUUUAUAAUACGUUAAGUAUCUUCGACGUAUAUAUCAUCGGCCAAGUUCUUGGAAAGUUCUUGCAAACAUACCCCGACAAGGUUGAAGGACAACAAGCCGUGUCUGACAAGAAGGCCAAACUUAUCUACGAUGCUAUUGAAGCUUUCCCCGAGAUUUAUAAGAUCAUUCCCGACAAGGCAGUACGGUCGCGUAUCAAUAUUUGUUUCAGGGUUACCAAGGGCGAUGAUAUCGACGCCGCAGAGAGAGCCUUUCUAGAGGAGGGUAUUGCCCAAGGAUUGACUGGGUUGAAGGGACAUCGUUCGCUUGGCGGAAUUCGCGCGAGCAACUACAACUCUGUUCCUCUUGAGGGUGCAGAGAAGCUUGCGAAAUUCAUCCGCGCUUUCGCCAUGUCGUAA